CAGCAAAAUGGCGACAGUGUGGGAGCUGGCUGGACGCAGACCGGUGUGUGGAGCGCAGUGAUAAACUUGCGGUGGUGGGGCGUCGUCCUGCGAUGUGUUUUCUGAGAGCCAUGCCGUGGAACCAGACCUUCAGUCAUUGAGUGUUGCUACUAUGUCUAAACUGAAGCCAAAGGCACAAAAGGACAAAGAUGUGGAACUGAGGUCUGACAGUCCGGGUCGUACUCAAGAGCCAUUCCAAAGUCACACUUUCUCCCUGAAGAACAAUGUUGCAGGUCUGUCCUCAGAUGAACACGAAAACCCUUUAAAUGGAACCCAGCCGAAGCCAUUUGUAUACAGCAGUGCUCCUGCUGUUCCCCAUGCAGACAAUUCAUUGCCUUCAGGAGCACUUGUUAAUGGACCUGGUUCACACCCCACCUCAGAGGUACACUCUGUCCUGAACAAAGGCACUGUUUUCUCCAACAAUGUCCUGGAUGCUGCGUGGCAACCGGAGAAAGACACGAGCACCGAAGUGUUACUACCACCUGGUGAGCUUCAAUCAGACGCUUGGAUGAACCCAGCGGGGCACGUCGUAAAAACACUGGCCACACAGCCAGGUGUCGACACGCCACUGUCUCACUCGGAGGAGAAUGAGUCUAAACUGGCCUAUUCCACACUGUCAGGUGACAGCGCGGACCAAAUGCACAUUAGCCGACUUUUGACAAAACAGACAAUAAAAACAAGAUCUCAAAGGGAUUCACAAUGGUCACAAAGCUCCUCGGAUGAUUAUGACGAUGAUGAGGUGAUCAGGUGGGAUUUGGCAAAAAAGCGCAGGCGCUUCAUGCAGAAUGACAGAAGGCUGGAGACCAACGAGAGGCACCAAAGAGACUGGAAGCACAAAACACAUGCAAUAAGCAUGUCAGACACUCCGGAAAAGGUUAACUGCAGCUUAAAUCACACGUACAUGCCUUUAUGCAGCAGUAAUAAUGUUGAAAAUGUUGACAUUGCCCACAAAGAUGAUUCUUUUGACAGCAGCUGUAGCACAGCAGAGGCAGGCUGUAAUGAGGGAAGUGACCAUGAAGACGAAGACAGUUUUAGUUCCACAGUAAAACAGUUGAAGUCAGAGCAACUUGAAGAUCCACUUUUCUUUUCAUGCACAAUAUGUAAUGUUAAUUUCAAGGAAAAAAGACAUUUCCAUAGACAUACUAUGAUGUAUCAUUUAGGCAAGCAUAAUCAGGUGAACAGUGAGAAUGUUUCACAGCCCUUUAUAUGCAGAGAAUGUGGGCGUUUGUUCUGUGAUAGCAACUCCCUCAUGAAGCACAUCAUUAUUCACCAAGACAGGCUGGAAAAACUUAUGAAGCGAAUCAAAGGUCUCAAAAACACAGAAUCUGAAGACCAGGGCACCGCAGUCCAGUGCCCUCAGUGUGUGUAUGGUUGUAAUUGUCCUAAAAUCUUUGUCCAGCACGCCAGAACACAUGAUAAUCUGACACACUACUACUUCUGCGAAGAGUGUAACUUCAUCACACUGACACAGGAGGCACUUGAGGCACACUUAGAAGCUGCACACCUUAACAUGCACCAGCAUCAGUACAGGAAAAUGGCUCACGCUAGUGAUGCACAGGAAACACAGGACCACGCUCAAUGUGAAGGUGAAGCAUGUUUUUUCACAACCGGAGAUGGAACCGAAUCAGGAAGGCACCCAGAGCAGGAGCACCAGCAGUUGCACUGUGUUGAUUAUAAAAAGUUUUCAGAGCAGCCCAGAAAUCUAUUUAAACCUAAUUCCCCUCAGGUCAAGUGCCAUGUUGGCUGCACCAAAAACAAGCUGUCACCAUCUUUGUGGAAGAUCGACAAGCAUGGAAAUUACUCCUACACACCACGGAAAAUUAGACGUGGCAAACUGAUCUCACCUCUGCAGAAAAAGAAUACGAUUCAAGCAAUGACCGAAAGGGUUUUGGCAGUAGAGCAGACUAACUGUUCAGAUUUUUUACUAUCAGCCGGGAAUCUGAAAUUAGACCAAAUGUUCAGUCAGGAAAGCAGCAGUGACCCAACAAGCACGAGUUCAAAAGAGCAAGCAAACCAGAAUUCACUUUCAAUAAGCAAAAUGUCAACACCCUGGCAAAACACUAUUGACAGUAUGAAUGGUAGUAUAUUGCCAAAGCUUAGCCAAAGGCUGAAGAAACAGACUGCAGAUGGGGAGUUAGUGAAAGGCUGUGAGGGCAGCACUAACUUCAGCAAUGACACCAGUGAAGCUACAGCCAGCUUCUUGGAAAGCAGUGGGAAUGAAAGAAACUCAUAUGCUUGGAGGUAUUUCACAAAGACACAGAGGUUUUCAGCCAAAGACAAAAGCCCCCGUGUGCUCCAGGAUGAAGGCGAAGACUGCAGUGACAUAGAGCAACUCAUCAUCAAGGAGGAGUAUAUUGAAACUACAGUGGAUGAUCAUUCCCCACAGUCGCCCUCUGUGUCUACAAGUCCCAGCUUUGAUCUUUUCCCCUUACAAGAGGCCGAGUAUAAGUCCUGCCCGUACUGCCCCGCCAUGUUUGAGUCCGGUGUGGGCCUCUCCAACCAUGUGCGGGGGCACCUGCAUCGGGUUGGGCUCAGCUAUAACGCUCGCCACAUGGUUUCACCGGAGCAAGUGGCCAUGCAUGACUGUCAGCCAAGAAUCCGCAGGAGGAUUUCCCACUGGAACAAGGAGGUUAAACCAGAGACACAGAAGGAGCACACCUGUCCCCUGUGUUAUGGAUGGUUUGAUACUAAAACCGGCCUCUCCAACCACGUGCGAGGACACCUGAAACGAAUGGGUAGAAGUGUUUCAGGCCACAGUAAAUCCCCUCUGCGUAUCCUAAAUGAACUCUUACAGGACAAUAAGAAACAUCGAACCAGCCUCCAGAACCAGCUGCCCUCACAGCCUUGUGUGUCUCAGAAGUUAAUCAGCAGAAAUGACUUUUUUCUGAUGCACACGGGGAUUCCAGUACAAAUCCAAUGCGCAGUGAGAAAUCCAUCACCCAUAUUGGAAAGCUUCGUUCCGAAACAGGAGGUUGAGGAGUUUUCAGAGAAGAAGAAGGUCAAGUUGGAAGAAGAGCAAAGAGGGACUGAGGCCUUAGCAAGCACUUUAGUGGAACUACUUGAGACAAAACAGGAAAGUAUGAAGCUUCUUGGGAGUGACGGACCCUAUGCAUCCAUGAAGCUUUGCAACAUGACCAAAGACUGUCUGGAGGAGACGCGGGUAACCAGCACAGGACCAGACUGGCUGCAGGGGGAAAAUGCUUCGAAUACUCUUUGUAUUCAGUGUAACAACACCUUCCCAAAUGCUGUGUGUCUCUCUGGUCAUCUUCAGGCCUAUGCACGAAGAAGUAGGAUUGGCAUUUUGGAAAAAACAUGCUAUGACUAUAAACAGAAGCUGCCAAGACCAAGACCUGGACUGAAAAGGAAGACUUUACCCUCGCUGAACACUGAGAUCUACACUCUGACCUGCAGAUUCUGUGACCUGGUGUUCCAGGGUCCUCUAUCUGUUCAGGAGGACUGGAUCAGACAUUUACAGAGGCACCUUCUGCACACCAGUGUACCCCACUCAGGGACUGGGAUGGUCGAGGUUUUGGAUCUUCAUCACAAAAUACAUCUAAGCCUGUCACAUGAACAACCAGCUGUCGACUAGAGCUGCUCAGCUGAAUUUGCACACUGUUUAUACACAUAUUCAACACAUUAGUUUGGUUUAACCUUUUAUAUAAGUAUCUCAUAGAUAUCCCAGAAUACUUACUAAGAGUAUACUAUAAAUAUGAAUUACCAAAAAUAUUAUAUUGGGUAUUUUAAUGCUGAGGAAAAUGUAACAACAUUUCUUAUGAAUAGGCUGUUUUGACAGAAUGGCUGUAUAUUGAGGAAAAAUGUAACAUGAUAAAGUGCUUUGCUGUAUGUGGUAAAGCAUAUGAUUAGAGCACGUUUUUAACACAGACUUAUUGUAAUAUUUCGCUUUUUGGCUGUAACUUACAGUUAAAAAAGAGAAUUGUGUAAAAUAUAAUCUUCAUCUUGUUAUAAGGAACUGUUUUUACAUGAAAAGUUAAGGCAGUUCUCUCUCAUUUAACCACUUCUUAAAUGCUGCUGAUUCUGGAUGGUGUUAUAGUGGUUGAUAAUACUCUUUAUACAGUGGUAUAUAAUCACAUUACUGUCUAUUUAUAUUAAUUAUUACAAAAGUACAAUGGUAAUUCCAAUUUAUUAUUUUCUCUUAUUUUUCUUAUUGUAAAUGAAGUCUUUCAGAAAUUUCAGACACAAAAUAUAUUAUUAGGGUGUUAAUUACCAAUAUAUUUUACUUGGCUCACAUUUAAGAACUGUACCUCACUAAACUUUGGGUUUCAUAUUUCAAACUAUGUCAGUAAACAAGCAUUUCUUCUCAAUUUCAAGGUACCCUGUGGAAUUUUCAGCACAAGUGUUAUUUAGAUGUGAUUCUUCCAGAAACACCAGAGUUUUUUUUUUUAAUUUUAGACACUAAUAUCCUUAUUGAGUGAUAUUUUUGAGCGCCACCCAACCCAUCUAGCUUACAAGCAAAUAUAUGAAGGUACAUUUUUAUAGGGAUGACUGUAUUUGUACAAGGUGACACAUUGCUUUGCAUUUUCAUACUCAGACACUGAACAUUGGACACAAAGUAGCAGAGGGUUAAUAUACAAUGGUAACUGGAGAGAAAUUAAAUUGCAUCUGGUUUCCAAAAGAAAAACUCUUAAGGGUACCUUUAACCACGGCUCUUAGACCCUGGUGCUCGUAAAACACAGAUUUCCAUACUUCGAGAAAACAAACUAUGAGAUGAAGCGCUCUUUAAAAACAGUCUUACAGUAUAUUUCCAAUACUUAAUAAAACCACACAACAACAAUCACAACCACAGUACCAUUUUGAUAAAUACAUUUUAAACACCACCUUACUGUAACACAGACACAUGUAUAUGUUGUUGUAGUCUAAUAUCAUGGAUAUUUUAGGGAUGCACUGAUUAGAUGAUUUUUGCCAAUAUUUGCUCCUUUCACUGAUGGCGUACUGUACAUUUAUAUGAUGUAUAUGAUUAGAUUUGUGCUCAUUUGAGAUAAUAUGAAGCCUUAAAAAUGUGUCAAAUUAAGAGUCACUUAUUUCCCUGGCACGAAAGUGGAGCCGAAUAGCAACAAAAUAAACAAUAUUGACUUUUGACCUGAGUUUCACAUUGGUGCAUCCUGAGAAUAUGUGCAAAUGUAAAUAUUGCUUUCAGCAAAGACUGUAUAUAUCAAGAUGUAUUUUUUACUAACGGUAUAUUACAACAAAAAACUGUAGGAAAAAUUAACAUAACUUUAGAUUUAUAGCUACAGUUUGCCUAGAUUUUAGAUAUUUGUGUAUUUAUUUAUGUCAGCAUUCUCUUGAAAUAUUCAACUUGUUAAACUGGAGAUUUUCAACUUGAAUUUGUAACAUAAAUGACUGAUUUCUAUACUAUUUAUCUUACUCACAUACUCAGGCUUGACAAACUAAAUAAAGUGAUAUUCUAAUUCGACUUUUGCACUUAAAUGUUUGUCGAAAUCCAUGACAUUUGUAAUCAAACGCAUGAUACUGUAGGAUGUUCCACUAAUGCGAAUGUAGGAAAUUACAUUUAACUGCUUGAUAACAUGAAAAAACACCCCAGAUUUACCACAUUAACAGUAACAUAUGGCUGCCUGUUCUGUUGACAUUAUUUAGAGCAUCAGGUUUAGUGAGGUGGAUAAAAGUGUUGGACCUGACUGGAUAAUUGGACAUCUUUAAAGCACAGGCUUUCAUUUACACCAGAGCAGUGUUUAUUACAUUAAAUGGAGCAGAUUUGACAGGAAAUAAAAAUAUCCUUUUAUUCUGUCAGACUUCUUAAACAUUAAUAUGGAGUUUAAACCUAAAGCACAGGGGGGACGUUUGAGUCCACAGAUUAUUCAUGCUUGGUUCUAAAGUAAGGCUUAAUAUUUUCAUGUUAAUAAUAUUCAUUUUGCUACAUUCAUCCAAAAGUUGUUGUAGCAAAACUGGAUUAUAUUUAGUCGAAAUGCUUUUAACUUGAGUAUAUGAUACAAAUGGUGUUUUUGGCAGCUGAGUAAUAGUUUGUGUUUGCAUCAAAUGACCAGCGCCUUAAAGAAGUGGAAUUUCCACAUCCUUAUUAUUAGAAUAAAGAAAUGAGAAACUGUUUUUGGAGUAACAAAUGAUUCAUGUGGUGAAGGAAUACUGCUGUAUAGCGGCAGCAAUAAGGAUUUCAACAAAAUAAAAACAAAAAGAGGGCAAUAUGAUGUUGUUUGUUCUAUCGUCUGUUAUUAUGACCAUCACAUUAUAAGCUGCAGUAUUAACAGAUGUACAAAUACACUCUUCUGAGCCAAAGCUGAUGUGAGCCAUACAAAGUGUCACUUAAUGCAUUUUAUUUAGUACGAGUGACUGCUAGAAAAAAAGGCCAUUCCCUCUUUGCACACAUUCCAGUUUUACUUGUGUUAAACAAAUUUACUUGCAAUUCUUUUGGGUGAAAUAUACAAUUCUAAGUGUCACAUUGCACCAUGAUUCCCCACAGGAAGUAAUGGUUGGGCUAUGUGCUAUUUUAAACAUCACGUUUUAGCGUCGCAGGCUGAGAAUAUGAUGCAUCCAAUGCUUGAUAGCCACUUCUGGGUUUUCUACUUACCAGUGGCAAAGGGGGCUAACCCUGCAGUUUAUCUUGGGCAGUAUUUAAAGCAGCGAUCAAAGCUGUACAAACCAAUUGUCAUCAUGUUUCUCCAGAGGGAAUUUUGAAGUACAUUAAUGCUCCUUCUUUGGGAAAUAAUUGUGCCACUCUGUGACUUCAUUAGGUCUCCUGGCUGUUUCAAAAGAUGUUCUCUCUGGAGGUUGAAAGCCACAUCGCUGGCAGACAGCAUCCCAAGGGGCCGAAUGAAUAAAAAAGAGAGAUUAUAAUGAGAUUGAGUUAGCCAUGACCAGAAUCGGGCUUUUCAUUAUUCCACUGGUUGGAGCAAGAGAGGGAGAGAGAGAGAGAGAGAGAGAGAGGGACAAGGCUGACAUAAAGAAAUGUGUUGUUGCAGGACCCUCACUCACCAUCUGCCACGGGGGUCCAAUGGUAGGCAGCCAAUGCAUGCUUAUCAUUGCCAUGGGUAUCAAAGGGCCUCCUCUCUGGAGAUUGCUCCAUUAAAACUGCAAAG